AUGAAGCGACGCCAGAUGGCGCAAGGGCCAACAGCACAUGUAGGUCACCGCUUCGUGCUGUUUUCCAAAUAUCGCUACACGGCCUCGGGUUAUGGGCAGGGCACGGCUCUCACUAUAAUGAGCCGUCAGACAAGCUCGGUACAUGAUCACAUGUGCCUGAUGCUGAAUACGCCAAAGGCACUAAUCCGUGCUCAGUCCGACGAGCAUCUUCGAUCGCCCAUAGCUGAAGGGAACAGAAAGGCUCCUCUAUCGGCACGGGUAUCAUCAAAUGAACAAGAUGCCGCUGAACUGGCACGAUGCCAACAAAACCUUGAAAGAGCAUAUCCAAGAAAAAAAAGGGCAUUAGAGAUGUUAGUACACACAACUGAGAAAACAGCUAUCGCAUGGAGCGUCAAUCUCAUGAGAAUACCCGACGAGAAUUGGAACGGCUCAGGAUACAAUUGGAUAAAAGAUGACUCUUAUGAUUACGGAAAUAAAAUAUGCAAUAUUUAUAUGUUCAUGAUCGUGAUAAAUCCAUUAAAAUGA